AUGUCUGAGUUGGACACCAUCAGCCUGCUGAUUCCUCCUGAGCCUUCGUCCAAACCCCAGGAUCUCCAAGCGCAGAUUCAACAGAUUAUCGCACAGAAAGGUCAUUUUCGUCAUGUCACCCAAAGUUCGCUACUCGCCGAGAUCCAGGGCAAAGCCACUGCGCCGGACGCAGUCCAGGUUGAUCCGGACGAUGAGCCCCAGGCCGAAGAUGAUACUCCGCAGAAGCGUCAGGAACGUGUUUGGAAGCGGCGAGAUGAGAUGCUAGAGCGCAUCAACUAUGCACAAAACGAGGUCCUCUGUGCCCUGGACUUUGUGUCAUUCCUGAUUUCUCAGCAGUCAGUUCCCGCUCAGCAUUCCAUGUCGCCCGCCCUUCAACAGGCCGUUCCUGUCGGGACGCUGGCCUCGAGAGUAUUGAAAGACAGACCAAUUCCUCCUUCGACGAAGCGGCGGCUGGCCGCUGUCUCUCAGGGCUGGAGGGCUGAGGGCUUCCAUUCAGCAUCCCAAAAGCUGGCGGCAGCUUCUGGUAGACUUCAAACCGAAGCUGAGCGCGAGGCAGAGUAUUGGCACCAGAUUGCUGAUCUCAAUAGCAGAGGAUGGUCAGUUUCGCGACUUCCACGAGACCGCAAGGCCAUUGGCGUACAUUUCGGAUUCUCUGAGUCUGCACCGCAAUUUCGGGACCGAGGCUUCGCUCUUCUUCGACAGGGCUCUGAUGGUUCAGUCGUUCUGGACCGACAGGUUGGGCUUAAGAAACGCAAACGGCUGGGCGUCUACGUUGUGCGGGAUGGCAUCAAGACAGGCGCUUUCGACCUUCAAACCAUUGGGCCUUCCGGUACGACGGAACUUGACCAGAGCCUCAACGACUACCGCAAUGCCAUUUUCGAGGAAGAGCUGUUCUAUGAGAUAUGCCGUGAAGCGCGUCUUGUGGCCAACCAAGGCAUUACUACACGGUCGCAGAGCGUAGAGGUUGACGUCGGCGGCGAGUACCACUUAUUGCUCGUGUCAUCCAGCGAAAAAGAAGAUGUUACGUCUCCCAAUGCUGCAGACAAUUUGACAGCUCAAUUCGUGGCCAUAUCUCUACGGUUGUUGUUGAUUGCUGCUCAUGAGCAGAAUCUCAUCAGGCGAUCGGAAAAACCGCUGCCAAUGACCCCCAAAGCACGACCAAUCCCAGAGUACGCGUUGCUCCGACCUAUUUUGGCACAUUUACGACACCGUGCAGAAGCGGCAACCUUUUGGGAUAAGUGCAGAGCGUUGCUGGGUGCCUUCAAGCGAGCAGAUCUACCGAUCUCGGUGUCGAUGGAGGCCUCGAACGCCACAAUUUUCCAAUUUCUGCAGAUGGAACGACCCAACACCAUGCUGGCAGGCUUGAUGGUACCUGUAAAAACCAGCUUCAAGAUACACCUGACAGCACAGCGAAAGCUGCAGAUUGGACUAGCCACAUUUCUUGGGCCGCCUCUGUUCGGCUCUCGCUACGAAAUAUCGUCGAUUGAUUUUGGGCUUGCAACCAUAGCGUCAUCUCACCAUGAAACUCGCGACGAGGCGCUGUCAUUCAUCCGACACAUACUGUUGUUGGAUCUUGUUGCGCACAGUGAGACACUGGCCCUAGAGGUGCAAGCUGCGACCCGUUCAGAGUUGGAUAAGAGCAAACAAACAGAAUGGGCCGUCUCACAGCCGCACGACGGUGAGCUGAGCUUGUACGACGCUCAGGAGGCCAUCGAGAAGCUGCAGAUUUCGGUGCAACACGAAAGUAUCUGCGUCAAGUUGAGCCCCGUGGGAAGGAGAAGCGGUGUCCAGAAUAUGUUGUGGUCCUGGACAUCGGCCGGCUGUUCCAAGACAGAGGGAGGUGUGACGAGUGUGCAGCCUGAUUUCACUUUUGAUGGAGCAAUAAAGCAGGCAAUAGAGAGCAGUAGCCAGAGCAGUACUACUUAA